AUGAACUCGCUCCGGACCGCGUCCAAAGCCUCGCGCUCGGCUCAGCGAAGAUAUUCUUCAAACUGGGUAUCCAACAGCCGGCCAGAGAAGUUAGAGACUACUCAGGACUGGUCAAAUCUCUCGGUCUCGCGAGCACAUAGGCGAGGACAGCUUCAAUUUCUGUCACAGUUUGGGUCUGAGCAAACACGAACAUGGAAGCCUCAUAUGCAGCUGCAUAAGGCUACCAAGCCGCGUGACACGACGCUGAACGCGCUCGUAGCAGCCGGCGCCCACUUCGGACACUCGACCUCGCUCAUGAACCCCCACUUCAUACCCUAUGCCUACGGAGCACGUGCAGGAAUAACCGUCAUUGAUAUGGACCAAACCCUACCCAUGCUCCGCCGGGCAGCCUCGGUUGUUCGCGGCAUCCUCGCCAACGACGGCACGAUCCUCUUCGUCGGCACUCGGCCCGACCUUGGUCCUGCAGCACGCAAAGCAGCUCAACGCGUAGGAGAUAACGCAUACUAUGUUGCGAGCAAGUGGACGAGCGGCUUGUUGACGAACCGCACGCAGUUCUAUGGCGAUGCGAGUGUCGACAUGCGUGUGGUGCCCGACUGCGUGGUCGUGCUCAACCCGUUGCAGAACAUGCACGCAUUACGCGAGUGUGCACUCGAGCAUGUUCCCACAAUUGGCAUCAUCGACUCGAAUGUCGACCCGCGUAUCGUCAUGUACCCCAUACCCGCCAACGACGAAAGCACACGGACGGCCGAGUUGGUGGCCGGCGUGCUGUCCAUUGCCGCUCGCGAGGGUCUCGCACUUCGCAAGGAGGAGCAUGCGGACGACCUCGUCAGGGAACUCUCGAGCCUGACCGAUGAGGACUUCACCGAGGAGCCGGAGGAGGAGACCGACCCUGAUGCUGUGGCUCUGGAGGCCGAAGCCGAGGAGAACGAGAGACUCCUUGCAGAUGUAACGCGACAGGAGGACGCUUUGGAUGCGUUGGAGGCGAUGGAAGGUGCCGAGGAGUCGGCUGAUCUCGCCGGUCUGGACGAGAUAGCGGCUAUGAGCGAGGAGGCGCUUUCGCAGGUCAAGGCGCUUCGGGGAGAGAAGGGCUCAAAAAGCUAG